AAAACCACUUAGUUGUAAAAGGGAGAAUACUUAAUCUUGCUGCAAGGGAAGGGCAAGACCUUAGAGAAUAAAUUAGAAUUCAAUCAUCUAACUCUGAACCCAUAAAAUGGCAUUACUAUCACAAUUGAGGUAAUAUAUAAAUGAUUUAAAUAAACGUAUCUACUUGUAAAAGACUGAUGAAACUGAUCAAAAUCUGCAGUUAAAUUUACAUUGAUUACACUUCGGACUUCGCCACCGAUCACUUGAACUUUUUACUUGCACCGACUGAUUGCUGAAAAAUGAAACCACAUGCAAGCCUUGAGGGCCUACUAGGUCCGAUACAUGCCGUCCAUGGCCUUUUCUAUUCAUGCCAAGACCCCUCCCCUCAUCCUCAUGUCCCUUGGACCGUUGGGGCGCCACAGAUGACAUGUGAACCAUCCUCCUCCAUUCCUCUCUGUCUUCAGCACUACGCACUGCAUUGCCCAGUGUUAGUCCUGUCCACUCUUUGAUGUUAUCCUCCCACCUUUUCCUUUGUCUUCCUCUUCUUCUCCCUCCUCUUGUGGUGCCCUGCAAUAAUUCUUUGGCAAGCCCUUGUUUCCUUGUUACCUGGCCGUACCAUUGUAAUUUGCGUUUUUUUACAGUCACCAGUAGGUCAUCGUACUCCCCAAUUGCCUGAAGCACUCUUUCUUUCACUGUAUCAUUGGAGAUAUGGUCCCUAUAGUAGAUGCCAAAAAUGCUUCUGAAGCAUCUCAUCUCCAUGGCCUUUAUUUUCCUUUCAAGAUCGGCUGUUAAUGUCCAGGAUUCGGGGGCAUACAGGAAAAUGGAGAGGACUAAUGAACGCAUUAGCCUGAUUUUGGUGCUGGGGGCUAUAUUUUUGUCAUUCCAUAUUUUCUUGAGCUUUUUUAGUGCUGUUGUUAUCUGCGCAAUCCUGGACAUCAGUUCGGGCUUGGAGCCUUCUUCUGAGACUAUUGCUCCUAGGUAUUUGAAGUGGCAGACAGUCUCUAAUCUUUCCUCCCCGACCUUAAUUUCAGUGGUGAUGCCUGCGGUAUUAUUUGUCAUCAUUUUUAAGCGAAGACCCCACGGGGUGUAAAAAAAAAAGUGGUCAUAUAAUUUACAUCAUCAAUUCAUCCCACUCACAGUCUCAAUCUAGUUAUCUACCUAUGCCCAUCUGCCUCUUGGUUUCUGUCUGUAAAUGUGAGGUCUUCAUUUUUUUCCCAGUACACAUUGCCAACCUUAGCUUCUUUUGCCUGUUGGAUCUGUUAUAAUUAAUAAUACACUUACUGUAUAACUUUUUCAUUUUAUCUUGCUCAACCUCACUUAGGUUUAGGAGGCACAGCAGUACAUCAUUUUCAAAUUUUUCAAAGUUAUGGCGUUAUGGAUUGAUCACUGUCAUAUUAUCAAUGUACAAGAUUAUGACUAUGACAUACAUCAUUUAAACCGGAGGGUUUAUCUAGUAGUCCAGUCUGGCCUAAAGUCCACCUAGUUUUUUAUUAUUUUAUCCAGCCUAAUUGAAUUGUCGACAUUUUUUUUUCACCUUCAUUACUGCAGCUUGCAAUUUGUUGUGCUGUACAAUGAUGGGCACUAAAAUGUUUUGGACGUGUUAUAUAUGUUCCGUUCUGCACUUAUGUCAAUAAAGAAAAUUAACCCUUCAUAACUCCCUGGAGAAUUUUCACACAUGCACGCACAAAUUAAUUGGAGGGUUUGUUUCUGUCAAACAAAAUUGUCACUAGACUGAAUAUUACUGAUAUUUAUUACUGGUUAUUUAUGAAAACACAAUGCAAUAGUACGACUAUAAUUACAAGAAGUUGUGACAUUUUUAAAGCCUUUUGAAAAUAAUUAAAAAUCAUGCAUUUCACAGAUUUUUUAUGUGACAUUUGGCUUUAUUAGAGAUACUAGAGACUGUCAUAAUUUCAGGAUAAUUAUUGCAGGAUUUGUGCAUUAAUAAAAACUUUGCUCCUGUAUGCAGAAUAUCCUUAAUCAACAACCCCCAUCAGUGCGUAAAUAAUAUAUGGUUGGCCCCUUAAUGAAAACCAGCUAAUUAUCAUACAUCAUGUUGCUGAUUGAUUGAUACAUCAAUAUCAUAUAAUGAGGUCUAAUUCAAAGCCUUUUUUUUUAUGAGAAAUAUUGAAUAUUGAAAUAUGUUUGUAUUGAAUAUGUUAAACACUGUGAUGGACCUCCAAAGAAUAAAUUAGAAUUUAUUUUUUUCAUCUUUUUAAACCUUUAACUGAAAAAUAAAAAUUAAUUAUUUUAAACAAAUUAAUAAUAGUAAAGAAAAUGUAACAAUCUUCUUUUUUAAAUGUUCCAAAAGCUUAAAUACUUAAAAUUUAAAAUAUUAGAUAUCUAAAUAGAAAUGAAAGUACCGGGUAGUCAUAAUUAUCAUAUUUUCCAUUGAUAAUAUAUCUCAUAAUUUACAAUGAAUUUUUUCCUCAGAAAUAUUUGGAGCACAGUUUCCCUUCACACAUUCAGUAAACAGAAAUGCUUAAAUCAUCGCAUAAGAGACUCAGUGGUUAGAAGUCAGCAUUCUGUAUCUCUGUUUCAUAAUCCACUCACCCAAAAAGUUCUACAGCAUAACUUUACACCAACUCUUGGCACAUGUCCAACAAUAGGAAAGAAGUUAGCAUCUCCAGUUUCAGUGACACAUCAGAGUGUGAGAUCAACAAAAAAUUAUGGAGUGAGGGUGUAUUACAAGGGCAGUGCAUGGAAGAGAUAUAACAAGCAUAACAUAGAAAGGCGACUUACAACACCUGGGGGGUUAGAAAUUUUGUGGAGAAAAGUUUUGAAAGGGAGGCACCAGCUGGCUGCUUAUGAAAGGAUUCUGCCAAAUACAGUAAAUGGUAAAAUUUUACCUGAACACCUUUUCAGGUUUAAAGAUCAUCCCCUAACUAAGAAAAGACUGCCAAAACCUGGAUUAUUUUAAUUAAGUUUUAUAAACAAAAACUGGCAGUCGGUAUAUACUUAUACUUCAUAUUUGUUCAUCUGUGACUAUUGUGCUAUUAAAAAGUAUGUUGCUACCAAUAUUAUUUUUAUUAGCAUUUAUGAAGUAUCAUUAAUGUUGCUGUUGUGUUGUACAAAUGUUCUUAGAACUGAAUUUUUUAUCAACUGAUGAGCACCAGAGAAAUCUUAACCGUUCAAUAAAUAUUGUUGUUUUCCAUUACGCAACAGGGUAUGAAAAUUGAAAUAGUGUAUACAGUUACAAAAUAUUAGACGGUUUUAAAGUUCACAAAUAUCAAGGUUUGAAUCCGUGUUGAGAAUUCACUGACACAUACAUCCCACUUAGUUGUUGAAACUGAGAAGGCACAAAUAUGGCAUCUGGUGCAGAACCUUUGUUAAUAUUAUCAAUUUUAAAUCUAUGUGCUUGCACCAUCGGUCAAUAACUCUGCGGCAGCAUUACUCUUUAAAUGAAUAAAUUUGGCAUUUUUCUUUUAAAUAGGCUUUUAAAAAUAAACACGGAAACAAGGAAAAAUUAAAAUGUUAUUCUUUUAAAAAUCUUUAAUUAGAUUAAUUCUAUUUUUGAGAACAAGACAUUGGUCCUGUAAAAUCUUUUCUUGUCAUGCCCACGCCAAUAAAUCAAAGUUGAAAUUCGCUACACGAAUUUUCAUCUUUGAUCUACAACAUUUAGCUACUUAUUAGUACUAUCAAAUAAAACAUAUAUAAACAAAUCAUGUUAAAU